UUUACCGUACGUUUGGAUGUUGGCAUGGUUGGGCGCCAUUUUCAAGCCAUAAUUUUUGAGUUCGGCACAAGAGCAUAUUUUCUUUGCUUUUGAUUAUCGAAGACGGAAGACAGCAAUGUUUGCACCAUGUGUUAAGUACCCUACAAGACUCAGGGAGAAUUAUUUCAGCAUUGAUGACAUCCUGACGACCCAAGAGAAGGUUCCGUGCAAGUUCCAGUCGUCAGUGCUCGGGCUGGGGUUCCUGGACCCGGGUGCCGAAGGGACGGACUUGGCGGCAGGGACGGCCAUGGAACUCCCGUACUGGCUGGCACGGGCACUAUGCUCUAGGAAGAGAAGAAUAGUGACUGUAGAAAUGCCCAAGCCAUAUCGUGAGGGGUACAGACAGAUCCUGUCUGCAGAUGCUAACGUGGUAGAUCUACACAAACUGGGACCGUACUACUACGCCUUCGGGAUUUACCUGCAGAGUUUUGGGCAGCCUGAUGCUGGAGAGAUAUCUAAUACCUUAUUACAGACUUUCAGUACGCGGUUCCGACGGAUCAUGGACUCUGCGCAGAACUGUCUGAACGAGGACACCACGGCGGUGACGGGGAAACUGGACGAGCUCGAGCGCGUGUUGUUCCGCGUGGGUCAGGAGGGACUCACAGCGUUCCAUUGCUGGCAGAGCGGACAGAGCGCCAAGAUCGUCCCUUCCACCAUGGUCACUAACUACAGGAAGAGGAAACGACAGGACGGAGACUAGAAAUGUACGGCAGACUAGUUUUCAGUGUGAUGCUCUUGAUUUAGAUAUGGAUAGCUCAAAGUAUCAACUUAACAUUUUGCAUUAUGGUGAUGGCACUAUGCCUGCUAUUUCAGCUAACUAAAGUUUAAAAGAUAUGUGACUACAAAAAAAAGUAUACAGGUGGGAAAGACAGGCAGAAAGUGUUAUACCGUGAGAAAACAAAUAUACCUUUACUUUACAAGCCGCUAAAACAUACCAGUAUGUACAUAUGCAGAUAUAGAAAACACAUGUAAUAUAGAGCUGCUAUGCUGACUCAAGCGAAAGCCUGGCAUAGACUUUGGUAGAGGACUGUUUACAUAGUAGGAAUGGUUUUGUAUCAUUUAUAGAUGGGUUGUAAUAUCAUCUAACUUACCCAUCACAAUGCUUUGGAGUGUGUCAGGACAGUGGAUUUGGGGAAAACAUGAAUUCUUUUUACUGGACAAGUGUUAUCCAAGAUUUGGUUUUACUAAUAAAUGAAUAAUUUUGAAAAUGUC